CAAAUGCGGUUUAUUCACCCCUGAAGGGUACUUCAAGUAGGGACGCCUAACGAAAAGUCGUUUCAGAUAGAGUGGAAAUUUCAUUAUUUUUUUAAUGCUCAAUUUACCAAGCUUGUUUCGGAUGGUCACGUUAUUGUUCACAAUUUUGCUAUGACUUCCACAGUUUACUCACCAAAAGCCCUGCAGUACGAAGAACGUAGCCUAUAGCAAUGUUCACAUCGGAUUGGAACUCGCCCUACUUGUUCUCACUUAGCCACUUCUUAGCAACCGUCUAUUUAAAGAGAUGUUGAAGCUUUUAAAAAUCAUGAAUGGGGUGUCAUUGCUGUAUUUUAUGUCGUAGAAUAAAAAGUUUAAAGUACCUUGAGUUUCUGUAAACGAAACACUUUUUUAAACAUUUAUCUAAAACCCAUUUGUGGUAACGACACUGGAGAUGCUAGCUAAGUAAAUGCUAACACAUUUCCGGGUUUUCGGACUCGCGCUCUGAGAACUUUGUUCCAGUCCUUUGUUCCAUUUAUAUUUAAUCUUCGUAAUAUGAAAGCACUAUGAGUUUCGGGUGCCUUGUCAUCUACCUGUUUGCAGGAUUACUUCACAAAGUGUCUCUGCAGGUCUCAGUUACAGGCCAUGUUGGAGAGAAUGCUGUCUUAGAUUGUUUUUACAAAGCAGAUAAAAAUAAAGUACAAACAGUGAAUUGGAUAUACAAUCACACCUACACUGUCUAUGAGUUUAGUCCAGGCAGUUCACAAAGUAAACCCGAUGAAAAGUUUGAAUCUUUUCCUGAGCAGUAUGCAGAUGGAACAUACUCUAUCAAAAUAAAGAAGCUUAAACAAACUGAUCAAGGCGUAUACACCUGCAUAAUCACACCAACAGAUUAUUUUACGAACAUACAGCUCAUCGUUGAACCAAAAGAUACAACAGAAACAAACAUUGAAGAAGGAGAUAAAAAAACACAAAAACCAUCAGAGCUUGUUACAACAGUAUGUGUUGUUGUUGUUGUUGCUGUUUUACUUUUGUUUGCUGUUGGGAUUCUGCUCAUUGUGUGCAUAAAAAAAGGAUAUGGAGUUCAUGCUAGAAAAAUGAUUGCAUCCUGUUGCCCUGGAUCAGCUUACUAAAACAAAUAGAAUUUUUUACUUUAACGCUGUGUCUACACUGGAUGCCGAUCUAGUCCCAUGUAGACGCCGUGUAAGCAAUUAAUGAGUUUUUCACAGAAUUAACUUUUCUAAGCUGUGAUGAGUUAACCAAUUGCCUUUGGUUUGAAAUGACUAAAUUGAUGCAAUACAACCUAAAUCGUAUAUACAGUCUGUGGUACUAUAUAUUCCAUAUUCAGUUUACUGCUGUCUGACAAAAAUUAAUAAAAUGAGCACGGCAAAAAGAAGAGUGAUGCUAAAAGUGAUGCGUUUAACAACGCAUAAACAGCGAAUUCUUCAUCAGUAUAGAACAGAAUUCAGUAUUUUUAAGACUGCUUUCGUCCUUUUGUUUUCAAUAGCCUACAUUUUCAUUGUGAUGGAUGUAAUAAUAAUUAUUUAGCAAUCCAUUUGACAAGAUUUGAUAAUCGUAUUCACGGCCGACAAGGGACAUGAAUCCCUGUAUCAGGGGAGGGCGGAGUUCCUUCACUAGAGCGGCCAUAUUGAGUGUUUCAUUCCUCCCCAUUAAUUCUUAUGACAGAGGCGCAUCUUGUUAAUAUUAAUUAACCCACCCGCAAUUAAUCAGAAAGUUAUUUUUGUUACUUGAACCACCUGCCCGCGGAAAUAACUGCGAUCCGACAUCACAAGUCACUCUUUAGCUAGCAGUUAAAUUCUAGCUAUUUGCGCUAAUCUUCUUUCUUAUGACUUUCAGUGAAUGAUAUCUGAUAGUUGAUUUUACUAGAUACUUUACCUUAAAGCACUUUGAGCACAAAAGUUUCUUUACUUUAAAAACACACGCUUUUGAAACACUCUUGCGACGCGUUAAUUUCAUACACCGAUCGGUCUGUUUGAGCAGCCUUGGUAUAUGUCAAACGGUGGUGGGUUAUAAGUCAGCUGGUGGGUGGGUGGGUUUUUAGUUGAAAACGGUCUCGUGUACGUCUGUCAUUUCAUUCUCAUGUGACCCGUAGGCUAUUUAUGGGUGCUGUAAACAAGCACCACAAAACUACAUUUCUUCGUACUUAAAUUUCAAAUGAGUCACCCCUGUUACAGUUUUACAUGUUAUUUUCAACAUCUUCAUUAAUUUUUGCCUACUACCGUUAUGGAAGUAGGUGAUUUUGGACACAGGGUAUGCUUAUGAACUUUUUUUUUUAUGUAAACAUCCACGUCUUAAAGCAUUUCAGUUUUUAUAUGAAUUGUUACUAUUACAUUGAUCUAAGGAAAACAUGACAACUAAGAGUCAGGCAAGAAGGGAGUGUUUUCUUGCAACUUUGUUAUUUGUUGCCAGGAAGUUUGACUGUUUUCCUGGUGAUAAUUGUGUUUGACUAGCACUUGAUCUGCUUGUGUAUUAAAUAAAAUAUCAAUACAAAAAUAAUAA